CCCCGCCCUCUUGGCAAAAGCCCUAGCUCCUAGGGCAGUGAUUGGGGGAUGCAAAUAUUCCCUCCCCUGCCUGGCAACCUUAGCCGCUGCGAUCCCCAGGGGUGGGCGGGACUAGGCAGCUGACAGAACCUGCACCUUUGCUGGGGCUGACCCGGGGCGGUCCAGCGGGCAGGACGGUGCCCGGGGCCCGGGCGCGCGUGAGAGGGCGCCGGAAGCGCGCGCGCGGGGGCGCGCGGGGAGAAAGACACUGGGAGGCGGCGGCCGAGGGGCGGGGAAGUGCCGAGCGGCCCCGCGCCUGGCUGGGGUGCGUGCAAGGCGGCAUCAGCAUCGGCAAAGGAGUCCCACUGACUGGGGAACCGAGCGGCGUGGACCUGGAGAAGGUGGUAGGAAUCAGCAAGAAGACACAAAUUCUUUGCCUUGGAAAACGCCUGUAAUGGAUUUGAAAUAAACUUGAGGAGGGGGCUGUGGGCGCGCCAAGCCCAUAUGGAGUACCGGAGCUGACCACGCGCGCCAGCGCCCGUCGGGGGCCGGUGCGCAGCCCGCCAAAGCCCAUCUCCUCUCCCAAGUGGCCCAGCUAGCUUCCCAACCCCAGAGGACCAGAACGAUCCACGGGACCGAACCGAGACAGCCGACCGUUCGCGAACCCCUUAUUCCCAGCCCUGUUCGGAUUUGUAGGAUGCCUGGGGCCCCGACAGCCGUCUAAGUAGCGGAAGAGUGAAGGAAGGCAAACUCCCGGGCGGGAUGGUGCAACAGAAGAGAGGUCGUGGUGGCGAAGCCAAGCGGGAGGGCUGCCAGCCACCGGCCGCGGGCGAGAGGGCGCGGCUCCGCCGGGAGACCCCGGGUGAGCCGGGCUGGUGCAAGACCCCCAGCGGCCACAUCAAGAGGCCCAUGAAUGCUUUCAUGGUGUGGUCUCAGCACGAAAGGCGGAAGAUUAUGGACCAAUGGCCCGAUAUGCACAACGCCGAGAUCUCUAAGAGGUUGGGUCGCCGCUGGCAGCUGCUGCAGGACUCUGAGAAGAUUCCAUUCGUACGAGAGGCUGAGCGACUGCGUCUCAAGCACAUGGCUGACUACCCGGACUACAAAUACCGGCCCCGUAAGAAGGGCAAGGGGGCGCCCAGCAAGGCGCGGCCCCGCCUCCCCAGCAAGACUAAACCUUCGCUGUUGGGUCGCGGGGGUGGGGGCCGCAGGAAGGCAACCGGGGAGACUGGGGAGCAGCGCGGGGGAGGCCCGACUCUUGGGGAGGAGGUGGAAGCUGAGGACGAGGAGGAGGAGGAGGAGGAAGAACUGUUGGAAGUGCGGCUGGUGGAGACUCCCGGGCGGGAGCUGUGGCGGAUGGUCCCAGCGGGGCGGGCUGGAGGGAGGCAGGGGGAGCGGGCAGGGGGCCCGCGCCCAGAGCCGCAGUCGGAGGAGGCGGGGGACACCCCGGAGACUUCUAGACCCUCCCAGCGCGGCGUGACUGCCACCUCGUCGGUCAGCUCCCCGGCGCCCUCUUCCCUGGUCCCUUCGGAUGAAGAGCUCGAGGAAGAAGAGGAAGGGAGGGAGGAGGAGGAGGAGGAGGAAGAGGAGGAAGAGCCGGAGAAGGAGCCUCUCGGGUUCCUGCCCCGGCAACUCCCAGGAGCCUUAGGCCCUGGCCUAGACUGCACCUCCCUCGACAGGGACCCGGACCAGCUGCCUCCUGCAGGGACCUCGCACUUCGAGUUCCCCGACUACUGCACCCCCGAGGUGACUGAGAUGAUCGCUGGGGACUGGCUCAUGUCCAGCAUCGCGGACUUGGUCUUCACCUACUGAGCCGAGCACUCAUUAGGUGACUCGGACAACACAAAUCAGGUCGCACUCAAAAACCAGCUGUUUACAUACAGGAAUCAGGUAUUUUUGGCCUUCAGCCCCAUCAAAGGCAAAGGCUUCCGCUGUCACCCCAUCCCCGACACAGAUGCCCUCAGCCAUGCCUCCACACUCAGCCCACCCUUGAACCCAUUCCCUAUGGACACACCCCACUUUCCGUGACUUGCGCCCAGACACUCCCCUCUCUCCAUCUUUCUAGACACACCCCUCUCUCCAUAUUCCUAGACACACCCCUCUCUCCCUUAAACGCAGACACACAUGGGUCCUUGCUCUUUCUAUCCCCUACACACUGGCAUGCCCCCUUUUCCAUCUCAUACACAUACCCCUUCCUUUGUGGUGGAAGCAUGGGGUAGUGGAACUGGAUAGGAAACAGAACCCUCUUCAAGUUCCAGCUCUGCCCCAACCAGCUGUGUGACCUUGGGCAGAUGUUUUGACCUCUCUCUGCCUAAAUUUCCUUAUCUGUAAAAUGAAAUGGUUGGAAUAGAUGACCCCUACGGUCCCUACCAGCUCUAGAAAUCUAUGGAUCUCUCUUAUACAGAGACAGACAUUGUCUAUCCCCCUCUCCAUCCCUUACAGAAACCUUUCUCUCCGUCCCUUAGGGAGGCAGCAUGGUGCUGCCCUGGAUUGGGAGUCAGAGGAUCUGGGUUCAAAUUCCAGAUUAAAAUCACUACCUGUAAGACCUUGGGCAAAUCCCUUUACCUUUUGGGGCCUCAGUUUCCUCAUCUGUAAAAUGAGGGGGUUGGACUAAAUGGCCUCUUAAGGGCUCUCCCAACUCUAUAUCUAAUGAACCUCUCUCCAUCUCUUCCACAAACAAGUCUCUCUGUCCUUUAUACACAUACCUUGUUUUCCCCAUUCUUUCCAUAUAUGCUCUCCAUCCCAUUCCUUGGAUAUAACCCCUUUCUCCAUGUCCUACACACACAUUCUCUCUCAUCUCAUCCACUCCUCCCUCUCCCAAGGGGAUGGGGGGAUCUCAUCAGGGUACACAAGCCCACCUCACUCAAUUUCCCUGGCUGGGAUGUUCCCCUCAUUACCCCAUCUUGGCUAAGGGUUGUGAAAGAGGCAGCACUUGGCCUAGCUUCUUCUUAUCUAGCUCCAUGACCCCUACUCCUGAUCUUAGUUGCUCCAUAGUUCCCCCCUCCCCAUGCUCUUUUCCUCCCUCCUGCCCCCUCCUGUGGUCUCCCUCCGAGCUUCUCCCUCUCAGUGGCCAAGAGCUGAAGUUGUGACCUUGCCUCUUCCUUCCUUCAUAUGCUGGACUUGCUACAUUUGAGGAAAACCUGAAGUGCUAUCCAGUCCCCAACCCCACCAGGGCAAUCCACUCUGGACAUAGAGAGAGGCAGAGGACACUCAUUCUCAGCCUGUAACCACCCCAUCAACUCUAGGUGACCUCAAAGUGCUGCCUUCUAAGAGAAACAUUGUUAGGAUGGUGAAUUCUGGUUUUAAAGAGGAUUUUUUUCAUUCUUUUAUUGAGAGGAAUUCGGAGGUACCCUUCAAGACACCCCUGAGGGAUAACAGUGCCCCUUUCCCUUCCUGCUUUUCAUUUGCCCUGUUGACUCCUCUUUCCCACAUGGAUCUGGCCUGUCUUCAUCUGUAAAAUGAUCAGGUUGGAUGGGAUGACCUUGAAAAGUCCUAGCACCUCUUCUCCCAGCAGGGAGUGCUGCCCCAAGGCAGCUUCAUCUGUGAGCCUUGCCAAAGGAUUACUCUGUCCAUCGAGCCCCCCAAAAUAAUCCAUAUCAGGCUGAGGCUUUAGGGCCUAGACUUUUGAAUUCAGCAGGUAUCCUACCCCCACUUAGAGUGACCAGGUUCCCUCCCCCACUGGUGGGUCUCCCAUGGCACCAUCAAACCCUAUUCCAGUGUCCAGGCCCCUUGAGGGGCAUCUUCUGUCUGGUUAUUUCACUGGGCAGGGGAGGGCAGAGGGCCAAGGAAGCAGUAGACCUUUCUUCCCAUUAAAAGCCACUCUGAGAGCCAUUCUUGGAAGGGAAGGGGGGUAAGAUGGUGAAAUCAAUCAGAGAGCAGGAGUUGCCGUUUAAAGUCCCCACUAAUAUAUCCCCAGUACACAAUCUGCUGGACCCCUAGGAAAGCGCCCCCCUAAGUGAAUAUUUCCUGAGUAUUCACAUUCCCUCAAGAGGAGAGAUAGCUAAUGUCCAUGGGGGGUGGGGUGGGGGUGGGGAACACCAGGCAGAUUCUCCGGCUGCCAGACCAUGGAGUUCAGGGCCUUGCUAGUUUUUCCCUGCUAUAGGGAUUGGGACAACUAGUCAAGCCCAAUUACCCUUGGCUAUCUCUCUUUCAUUCCUCCUAACCUCCUCCCCAUACCCAGUUCUCAGUGCCAAAUGCUUUGAUCAGUGUUAUCAUUCAGCUGGGGAAAUAGGCAUGGAGAGGGCUUGGGGUCAGUGGCCAAGUCAUCAAUCAUUCAGUAAGCACCCUGGGACAUGCUCAGCCUCCUAAGCGGCUCCCAGGGCUAAGAGAAAUCAUCUGAGGCCCAAUGGUUAAGCUUGGGCUGAGGGUGUCCAGAGGGAAGUAACAAGAAUGGUCAGAGCACUGGAUUCAGAGUGAGUAGCCUAGCACAAAAAGCUGUAGUCUGCCUCAGUCUGCCCAUUUUUAAAAAACAGGGACAGGUGCCUUUUCCUAUGCAUUUGUAAUAUUUGGUUUGAAGUGCAGUGCCUGGGGGCUGUGCCUCACUUAUGGCAUUCCUGGACUAAAUAGAAGUGCUGGCUAGGUCUGCCAAGGCCUGGAUGCCACCUGGAUUCCUUCCUGUCAGAGGAUACCUGUCCUCUCUGUUGGGCAACCUAUUCCCACCCUAUGGAUGCUAUGCUCCCCUACCUUCACCUUCACUCUGGGCUCCUGCUGUUUGCCUCCCUCGGCUACCUGGCCCUCCACAACCUCGUGUGUUCCCCGAGUCUGCCACUGCCCUUCCUCAUCCCCAGUCUGCCCAUCUCCCAUCACUACCUAGACUGCUGACAUUGUGUGCCCCACUCUGUCAUAGGUUCAAACACCCACAUACACAGAUCUCUCAGGAACAAAUGGGGACCCCUGGUCCCUCCACAACUCCCUCUGUGCCGUUCCCCACACAGGCCAGCAUCUCUGCAGGGAUAUCCUGUCCCAACCCACCUACCAGCUACCCGCCCUGUAUGUGGUGCUCCUUUCCAGGCCUCCUUUCUAUCUCUUAAUUUUUCAUUUCCUUUCUUUUUUUUAAUGUUGUAUGAGUGAAGAGGUAUCACUGUGUGUUGUCUUGGAGAACUAGUCUCAUAGCCGAGAGUAAGAGGAUGGGGGCAGCUCCCUCUCUGUGUGGAAGGGGCUGGAAGCCCUGGGCUCCAGUAUCGCUCCCCAAUACCAGGACUAAAUAAAGUAUAUGUGCCCUGAGCCU